AUGCGCUCAUUGUCCCCCCGCCCGCCCCCCCAUCCCCGCCUCCCGCGCCCCUCGCAGCCCGGCACACGCGCUCGGGCUCUAGCGCGGCCGGACGCGGGCUCCUCACGGCCCAAUGGCUGCUGUUCGGAGCCGGAGGCCGGGGACCGGAGAAAGGAGGAGCGGAGGAGAAGGAGGAGAGCACGGCCCGGCUGGGACAGAAGCGGUGGGACCCUGGGAGGCCUCCGCUGUGCCUGUGCCCGUGCCGCGCUCCUCGGGGCCAGCGCGUCGCACACAAAGGGGCUGCCUAGCCAGAGCCACCAGCGGCCUCAGGGCACCGUGGGGAGCGCGCAGCGAGGGGGCGCUGUGGCGCACCCCGCCCCGCAGCCCCGCAGCCCCGCCCCCGUCUCUCCCCGGCCCCACCCCACUCCCACCGCCCCCUCCGCGGCCGUCCCCACCCCUAUCUCCGCGACCCCCACACUCCUCCUCGGCUAUUCCCCAACCCUGUCACUGUGCUCCCCUCCCUACUCCCGGGCCGUAGUGGAGGUGACUUUCCUGCGCAGCGCCGAUCCUGGGGGCGGAGAACCCACAGGGAGUGCGACCCCUUUGCACGCUGUGAGUGGGCAACUGUCCGAGGGACUCGAGCAGAUCGAAGGCUGGACGCCCUACAGGGCUCUUGGCAGUCCACGAAAGUCCUGGAGUCGGCCUCGCCAUUUCUCCGGUCGGACAUGUUGAUUGCCAACUGCUCUGCGCAACUUUCCCAUAGCUGUCUCUUCCGUGCAUUUCGGAGCACCAGGCAAAUACAAGCAGAGAGACCUGGAAAAAAAAAAUUGUGAAGACAAUAUUAAUGAUAAAAUUAACAUGGCUGAGUGAAUUGUCAAUGCAAGUUCCUUUACUAACUCUUUGUUAAGUUUUGCUUUGUACUCCUUACAUCCUCUUUCUCUUAAGCCAUUGUUUUAAUUUCUUCUCGUUAUCAUUUUUAAAAGUAACAGAAAUACAGCUUUCUUCCUACCUUCACGAUUGACAUGGUGGAGAUUGGGUUGCAAAGAGGAAGCAGUAAGAAAAAAUAAUUAUUCUAUACAUUCACAAGUCCUUUAAGGCACAAAAUAAAAGUAAGAAAUAGAAAAUAUGUCCUUUCUCCUAAUAAAGGUCUUUAUAAUAAAA